AUGUCAGGGUUGCAAUGUUCCGCUGCUGAGGGUCUGGUCUACGACUCCCAGGCUCACGGACAGAUCGCCAGGAAGAUUCAGAUAACUGCGUUCGUGCUCUAUCACGGUCCUCAUUCCAGCUCCUCUGCUAUCCUCAAGUUGGCUGAUGCGUUGAAGACUACGGGGGAAUGGAAACUCGAUUUGAAGAAAGUUCGGGAUGGAUUCCUGAAAUUGAGUCCAUCGAUGGACAACAGAGUUUCGGUUUAUAUGUGA